AGAAAGGAAACGACAAAGUCAGCAGGGAAGGAGAGGAGAGAAACCAUUGGCAUUGGACCCGGAUUUGUAGCCCACGGAGAAGAGCAAAUCAACAGGGAAGGCAGAAAGAAGACGAAGUCGAGAGGCCCACCAACAGGAUGACGCUGCUGCACAAAGACGAAGGCGAUUCCUCUCCCCUCCCCGCAGCAGCAGCAGCAGCAGCUUGAGAGAGGAAAGGAACCGUAGUCAUGGAGUCCAGCUCCGGCGUGGCGGUGGGGGAAGACAAGAGGGCAGCGGAGAAGGUGUGCCGUCGUUGCAAGGGGAGCUACGACCCGUCGUCCAACACGCGGCUCUCAUGCAGCUUCCACCCAUCCUUGUUCGUCUGCCGACGACACGACGACCAGAAGAGGUACUACGAGCUCCGCGACGGCGACCCGCCCUACGCCGCCAAGUUCUACGACUGCUGCGGCGCCGAGGACCCCGACGCUCCCGGAUGCACCACCGACUUCCACCUCUCCUACGACGACGCCGAGUAGAUCCGUCCGUAGCUGCCUCUUCUGUCAGUGAUCCGAUUGCCUCCCCUCCCCUCCCCUCCCCUGUAACUACUGCAACCAUCAAACGGUGUGUACAGUAACGCCAAUAAAAUUGUAAAUAAGUGAUGACAAUCAUCGACAUCUGCUCUUGCGCAUAUGACAUACCUCAAGAGAGACCUGAUUGUUAUUAAAAACCUGAAUUUCUGCAUCAUCAACAUUUCAUUGUUUGUCCA